AUGAAUGAUUGGAGGCUGGAAGAACAAAACACCCCUAGCAUCAAAGAGCUUCAAACUUUCCCUGUGCACACCCGCUCAGGAUGGAUGAGUCCAAUUUUGUCGUUCCUCCGAGAGGGACGAUUACCACCAAGCCUUGAAGAAGCCAAAAAGAUCCAGAAGCGUGCUGCCCGGUUUACAGUACUAAAUGACGAGCUUUACAAAAGAGGCAUCUCCCAGCCUUACUUGAGGUGUAUAGAAGAGGAAGAGGCCAGAUAUGUCAUGGAAGAAGUACAUAGGGGGAUUUGCAGAGAUCACAUGGGGUCAAAGUCCCUUGUCAGGAAGAUCAUGAGGGCAGGUUACUUCUGGCCCACAAUGCAGCAAGACGUAGCAGAUUUCGUGAAGAUGUGUGAUAGUUGCCAAAGGUUCGGGAUACCAAGGAUGAUCAUCUCAGAUAUUGGUCGUCAGUUCGACAGUAAUGGGUUCAGAUCAUUUUGUUCGAGCCUAGGCAUAAAAAACAAGUACUCAUCACCAGGACAUCCUCAGGCCAACGGGCAGACAGAAGUAACCAACCAAACCUUGCUUAGGAUUAUCAAGUCCCGGUUAGUGGGGGCAAAGGGAGCAUGGCUCGAGGAAUUACCAAGUGUCCUGUGGGCUUACAGGACGAUGACACGAACACCAACAGGAGAAACACCAUUCAACCUAACGUACGGCAGAGAAACAGUCAUCCCAGUCGAAGUGGGGCUCACUAGCCUCAGGAGGGAGUUCUUUGACGAACAAAACAAUGACGAUCAAUUGAAGCAGAACCUGGACUGUCUGGACGAAGUCAGAGACCAAGCCUCCCAAAGAAUGGCCAAGUACCAGCAGAAGAUGGCCGCAUAA